GUGGACUAGGCGUGGUUUUGACUCAAACUGUUGUCGGGCAGAAGAAGAGUCGCUGCAGCAGCUUUGCUUUGUAGUGUGUCUGGCUAACCUUUUAGUUUUACUCAUUUUAGAUAUGGAUAUCCACAAGCCCAGAAGCAGCAGCCAGACUUCUCCAUCCAAGUUGUCAAAUGGCUACAUUCUCCCGAAGGGCAAGCUGACUCCCAACGCCGUGUUUGUUGGUGGAAUUGACAUGAAGGUGGAUGAAAAUGAAAUGCGUGACUUCUUUGCAAGAUAUGGUGCUGUGAAGGAAGUAAAAAUUAUCACAUACCAUGGAGGGAUCUGCAAAGGGUACGGGUUUGUGUACUUCAAUGAAGAUGUCAACAUUCAGACAAUCAUUGAACAACAGAUUAGUUUUAAGGGCCGGAAACUCAAGCUGGGCCCUGCCAUCAUGAAAGAGAGGAGCUCCCGGUCCACGCCAUCCCGUCUUGUUGGCCCGGCUCCCUGGAUGAGCCCCACUCAGUACUUCUACUGCUCCUGCUGCUCACCCAUGGGAGGGGGUAUUGCACAACCAUCGCCCAUCAUCAGUGGAGGCAGCCCGUACAAUCAGCCGUACUCCUACUCCAACUUUGGAGGGGUCAUGAUUCCACAGAUGCCAAUGAACUACGCACAGAACGCCUACGCCUACCAGUACACUCCCCCUCACUGGAUGGCAGACCAGACGACACAGCCUGUCAAUCAGAGCUUUGUGGACUGCGGAGUCCAGACUAUGAUGACUGUGCUGUAGUCCACAGCUACUGCCAGAAGCACGCUACGGUGGCUACAGUCUGUCAAACUGCAGACAGGACGACAUCUUGAUGUUCCGGACGGCUGGAGGCAGCCCAACGCCUCGCACCGUUUCCUGAAUGCCCUCCUCUCUCCUCCCUUCCCUCAAUUUUUGAGACCCAUUUUAACACCAGACUGCAGAAGCGCUCCACUUUAACUGUAUUAGUUUGACCAAUCACUUGGUAUGGACCACUGUCAAACCGCUUUUAACCCACAUGGAUCACAGUGACAGUCGCACAGUAAGAGCAGAGCACCUUCACUGUACCGGCUAACAUAUGGGCUCACGUUCAUCUUUCCUUUUUUUUUUUUUUUUUCCUUUGUUCGUUAUCCCAAAGAAACAAAAUUGAAAAGACUUUUAAGCUCACCCUUUUGUGCCUAUUUAUUUUUUAUGUUUGUUUUUUAUUUUGGAAUUAUUUUAAAUGUUUGUUUAGUUGGGGCUUUUUUAGCCUGUGCAAGGGCUCUCUGUACAUAAAAAGUAUGUUUUUUUUAUA